AAAAAUAAAAAAGUGAGCAUCCUCGCAAGCCACGCCAAUCCCGUCAGGAGGACGCGAGGCUCUCACGGCCCCUCGGAGCAGCCGGGCGCCGGACGCCUCCCCGCCACGCCACGCCGGGGUCCGGCCAGCCGCGGCCCCCCAGGCCCGUCCCCCCGGCAAAGCCCCUCUUUCCGCCCAUCCCCGCUCCGAGAGGGAGUCGCGAGGGGGCGCCGCAACCUCGCCUUUCGCCACUCCGCGGUGACUUCUGGUUUCCAGGUUCUUUUCCGACGCCGUUUCCGGAUUCGGGGCGGAGAGCGAAGCCUCUCUCUCGGCGGGAACAUGGCGCAUCUCCGCGACUGCCAGGUGAGUGGCGCGGCUCCCACCGGCUUUUCAGUUCCGCGGUGAGAAAUGGGGGGCGCGCGGGGGGCGAAGGCGCGGAGAGAGACGGGGGAGACGGAGAAGGUUGGCUGCGCUUGCAGCGCGGAUCGGUGGCCAGGGUCCCGCUGCGCUUACUCGAGAGAAAGGGCGGCGGGCGCGCGAGCAGGUGUUCCUUACCCCGUGGAAAUGGAAAACUUUCAGCAGCAGCCCUUUGGAAAUGCUUUAUUUGAUGCUACUCAGAAGCAAGUCCUGUUGAAUUCAACGGUACUUACUCCCAGGAAAUGGGGCUAGGAUCGCAGCCUUAAUCUGCUCAAUGCAGUAGUGAUUUUGAAUCUUUGUAAAUUGAAUAAUCUGCGUUCAGAAACAUAAAGGUUUUACAAUGCAGCUAUUAACUAAAAAGGCAGAGAUAAAACACAACAUACUGGAAAAUUAAACUGUGGUAAAAGUCCGUGGACAUAAAAUGUCUUUGUGUUUGGUCAUAAUUUCUUCCUCAAACCUGCAGAGACAACAGGAUAAUUGCAUGAACUAUGUAAGGGCAUUUUCACAUGAGGCUCAAAGCUCAAAGGUUCUCUUGUCAUCCGGUUAUACAUUGACCGAAAUGCUCACUUACACAUUUCCUUCUCGUGAUGACACUGUAAUAGCAGAAGAGAGAUUUUAGAGGCUCUGUGGGAAAAUGCAUUGUUGAACCUUAAUACAGUUAAUGUUCUGAAACUCCUAAGUUUUAGGCAUGAUGGGUAAGCCAGCAUUGCUUUGGUGGGCGUGAUGGUGGGCGGGGCUUCUUCCAGACCAGCCCCAUCUUCCGCCUCUUGCCCCCGGGCCCUUUCUCUGCCAGCUGGUGCCUGAGUUUGCUUCUUUCCUCCUCCCUCCCUGUCCCUUUCCCCUUGGCUGCAGCGCAGGACGAAGCUGUCUUGUUUUAAUUGAUUGUAUUCAAGUUUCUCUGGGAGCCUUUUUUGGCUGAAGAGCAAGGGUACAAAUGCUCUAAAUUAUUUUUUUAUUUAUUAAAUUUCAAUACCACUCUUCAUCUGAGGAUCACAGGACAGUUAACAAUUCAUGUAUUUAUUAAACUGCUUUGAGAUUUUACUACACUCAAGUAGUAUAUAAAAUUUAAGUGUGUGUGUGUGUAAAAUUUUUUAAGUGUUUUUCUGUUAUGACUUCAGAGUUUCCAGAAUUUUAAUAUUUCUACAUCAGAGAUAAAGUAAGCAGUGUCUUAUGCCUUCCAGGCCUGGCAGGAUGCCGGACUUGUUCUUUCAACCACAAGUAAUGAGGCCUGUAAAAUGUAUGAUGCUGCCCUGACUCAGGUAGGAAAGAAGAAGAGAUUAUUGCACAUAAAAACAAUAUUUAUUCUAAUGGAUUACCUUUUGUAAAUAUUAGAUACGUUUUCCCAUAUAUUUUGGAGGGGUGAAGUAAGAAAAUUGCAAUUACAAAUGGGCUGUGUUAGUCUUUCAGGUGUGAAGGGAAAAUUCAUAUCAAUAAAGGGAAAAUAAAGAUCCCCUUUAGUGAUAAAAUUCCCUUUAGUCUGCUUUUGCUAUGCUCUCAAAAAGUAUGGAGAAAGGUGAAGGCAAUGGCUGUUUGAUAAAUGAAUAUUUUUAUUGCAUUUACAUACCACCCUAAUCUUCCGAGGAACUCAAGGUGGUGCAGCUGGUUCCCCUCCUCCCCAUUUCAUCCUCCUCACAACCACCCUGGGAGAUGGCAGCUGGGCCUGGUCACCCAGGGAGCUUCAUGACUAGCUGGGGAUUUCAGCCCUGGUCUCCCAGGUUCUGGAUGAGUGGAGUGAGCAGGAGCUUUGCAGUCCUCAGCUGUUUAAGGCUCUAUAUUUCAAAACCAACACUUUGAAUUCAGCACAGAAACUAACUGGCAGCCACUGCAGUCAAGCCAGGAUUGGCAUUCUAUGCUCAAACUCAUCUUGCUCUGGUGAGCAACGUAACCCCCAAAUUCUGCACCACCUGAAGUUUCUGAACCAUCUUCAGAGACAGUCCCAGUUUUCCUCCACUUGCAUCCAAGCCUUGCUGUAGCUUGUCUCAUUGUCCUAAGUUCUGGAGUAUACCAAGGAGCCAAGCAGGCUCUGUGAAAUGAGAGAAGUUGCUCAUGAACUAUAAUGUCAGCAGCCUGAGCCAUUCAGAUGUUCCAGAGGUCGGUCAGGACUUUGGCAAGAGAACCAGUCAUAGUAACUGGAAACCCCCCCAGAAUCACCUUGAAACCCACCAGAUCCAUCAGUCUCCAAGGGCAGACCAUCCUAAUAAGCCCCCUGGCUCUGAAGAGGAAAAAGGGUGCUGAAAAGGCAGUGAUCUGACCUUGACAAGGAACUGAUGUCCAUAUCCUCCACUUUCAGAUAUUAUUAUUAUUAUUAUUAUUAUUAUUAUUAUUAUUAAUUUAUUUAUACCCCUCCCAUCUGGCUGGGUUUCCCCAGCCACUCUGGGCGGCUCCCAAUAGAAUAUUAAAAACACGAUAAAACAUCAAACAUUAAAAACUUCUCUGAACUGGGCUGCCUUCAGAUGUUAUCUAAAAGUCAGGCAGUUGUUUAUUUCCUUGACAUCUCAUGGGAGGGCGCCACUACCGAGAAGGCCCUCUGCCUGUUUCCCUGUAACCUCACUUCUUGCAGUGAGGGAACCGCCAGAAAGCAGUCAGCGCUGGACUUCAGUGUACAGAAUGGACGAUGGGGGUGGAGACGCUCCUUCGGGUAUAAAAACGUUCCUGACCGGUUGAGAAAUCAAGGUUCAGUGUGUGGCCUGCCACAUGCAAUGCACCAAUGACAUGUUGAACCAGCCCCAUGGUGGUCGUGGCAGCCAUGAAGUCCUAAGCCACCCCAGAGACAGUUGCUUCAGUAUGGCUGUUGGAAGUCCCCCAAAACCAGCAGUCUGGGAGUGCUCAACACUGCCUUUAAAACCAUCUCUGUCAGCUCAGGCAGGGGGACUGCUUGGCAGUGAGGCAGGUGGUAAACCAGCAGAAUCCCCUUUUCUGUCCUGGUUGUCCAGUGCCAGGAACACACACUCUAGAUUUCCCACCAAGUGUACAAACAGCCUGGAGAGAGAGGGAGAGAAAAAUCUCUGGACCACAGUAUCUCCUCCUCCCCAACACUCAAAUCUGUCCUGAUGCUGCUGCCCUAAGUACCCAGGUGGGGACAGCUGGGUGAGAUCAACUCUGCUCUGUUCACCCAUCCAGGCUCAGUGAUGCAGGCUCAGACCAGAUGGGCUUCCUCAUCCACAGUCAGGUCAUGGGUGAGGGAGGUCUUACUCCGAGCCAGCCUGGCAUUCAUCAACAGACCCAAAGGUUGGCUGACAGGACAACCACAAUUGCCCAGGCUGGAGGAGGAGCUGGCACGUGGCACGGGGCACAGUCACUUAACUUUGUCUUUUAUUCUGUAUGUAUGCCAAGCACCUUAUUUGAAAAUGUAGCGUGGACAUUUGCCCACCCCCAACAUAAAUCUACAUUUUUAGCCGUUUCUAUUUUAUCUGUAAGCUGCCUUGAGACCCAGUCUAGGAAAAAGGCAGGAUAUAAACAAAUUUAAUAAUACUAAUAACUGCCUGUGCCAUUUGCCCCUUACCCAGCCUGCACCCCCUCCCACACCAUAACUCCCCCUACCCUGAACCACUGCAAUUGGGGGACCUCCCUGCUCUCCCCAACACGAGAUCUCCUCUCAUUCAAUAAAAACAAACAACAACACACCCACCACACAAAUUGAAAAGAGUUAAAACAAUUGAAGCAGCAAAGCUUCCAUGUACAGCAAUAGACAUACUGCAGUCAGGUCAGGAACAAUCUUUUUUGCCCUUCUUGCCUUUGCAGGGAAAUGCAGUGCUCAGCCCCCCUCCCCCGCCCCCAGUAGUAUCUUAGUUCCCGGAAUCAUGAGCUCAACUCAGGAAUAAUUGGACUUAUCUGUCCCAGAGACUGGAUUAACAGAAUUCAAGUUGGUUAGUAGUUCUGAAUUCUGUAUACUGUAUUAAUGGAACUAAGAAAAUCACCUUAAGAAUAUUCCCGUGGAUUGCCACAUGAGCUAGAAGCGGAAAUAUAUUAAAUUUGUUUUCUGCUUAAUGUAAGAUUUACUUGCAUGAGAUGAUGAAAAGAAACUUAUCUCUUCUUGGAUUCUUAACCAGUGUAUUGUUUGUAUUUCUUACAGUAUGUGACCUGGAAAAAUGAUAAUAGUUUAGGGGGCCUUGAAGGAACUUUCUCAAAACUACAGGCAGCUGACCCUAAUUUUUGUAAGUAACAAAACGACUUCAGUGCAUCUUUGUGUGCCCUAACGUUGUUUCCUUGUAGAAAAUGUGAAGAAUUGGCCCAAAAAGUGUGUGAGAGAGAGAGGUCGGAGGGGAGAGGAAGGGAGGGAGGGAGGUGCAAUGCUUAUUUUCUUUGGGACCACCGAUGCCCAUAAUGGUUGAACUCAGACUCAGCUGGCCCCUGGGCUCAUUCAUCUGCCUACCCAUCCUCUCUCCUUCAGAAACUUAUGCAUUCAGCUUUUAGUUACCUGAGAUUUGUCAUUUCAUCUCAACAGAAAAAACUUCUCUUAACACUAUAUAUGGUUACUUUAAAAUAAACUUGCAUUGUAAGCCAUGAUUUGAAUCUAGAUUGGCCAGUUUCUCACCAUAGUCGGAUCUUAAGUUUUGUUUUUCUUUUAAAAAGAAGAAAAGCUAAUGUUUCUAGUCUUCAUGGGUUCAAAUAUAUGAUGAAAAAUACUUUGGAUGUGAUUCUUGGAGGUAAAUGGAUAGAACUUUUUUUUAUUUUACCUGGCCACCUUCUCUGUAUUGACAUCAGGCGGGUUCCCUUACUUUACUCUUUUUGGAACCUGUCUAAAACAUUUCUGUUUAUGCAAGCCUAUCCACAUAUGUAAAAGUUGAGGUUAAAACACAUCUUUUAAACCUCUUGUUGAUUUGAACUAUCUUUUUUAUUUAAAUACCUGUUUUUAACAGUCUUUUAUUGAUAUUUUUAAUGUUUUGUUUUUAUUCUUUGUAAACCACAUAGAGGUUCAUUACAAUCAGGCUGUCUGUAUAGUUGAGAAAAUAAAGAAAUAUGUUUGAGGAACAACCUAUUAUAUAACUAAAAGAUGACUAUAGCUUUUAUUUGUUGAGGGCCCCAUUUUCUUGGGCAAUCUUUUGAGGGCUGCAUGCCCGAGCCCAAAGCAACUGGGAGCGCUCCCUUCUCGCUUUCUUCCUCUCUCCCUCUUUCUGCCACCCCUUUCUCUUCCUGCCCACCAAGGAGUUGCCAGCGGACACACAGAUCACUCCUGUAAUAAGUCUGAAUUAAUAAUUUCCAGAGGGCUUGCCACCCUUUCACUCCAUCACUCCAUCAGUUUUGACUUCGUCCCCACUCCUCUCCUUCCAGGCUCCUCCUAAUCUGCAUGAAAUUAGGUAAAGGACUGCAGGUUUUGUCCACUGAUAUAAUCUUUUACGUAAAGUUUUUACUUCUGACUUUAUCUGCAGUAAUGGGUCAUGUGAUUGCUAAUGGUUUGGUUCUGAUUGGUACUGGGAGUUCACCUCGACUUGACAGAAAACUAGAUGGUGCAAUAAAGAAAAUGGUGGCACUGUCACAGUCUCAGCCAUUGACUGAACGAGAGAAAUUACACGUUUCUGCAUUGGAGCUCUUUGCUAAUGGGUAAGUCUUUGGUUUUUAGGCAGUGAAGUUGGAAAGCUUUUUUGCCUUUUCUGUAAAAACUAGCUCUCAAAAUCUGCAGAACAAGCAGUUUAUUUUCAUUUUCUAAGGGGCAAUGUCUGUUGUAAAAAACUUGAUUUGGUGUACCUGCCAGUGCUAUUUUUCUAGAAAAGGAGGUGCUGGAACUCACCAUGAACACCUCCCUCGUUCUUUCAGAAUGGCAAUGUAGCCCACCUGAGAGGGGCCAGAACUGAGUUCUGGCAGUUCUGGCUGAAAAAAAGCCCUGGUACCUGCCCUCCCUACUUUCCUUUAAAACAUUUCUGAUUUUGCUUUUUUUCCUUUGCCAAACAAUAGCUUUGCAACAUCUACCCUUGGACCUAAGGCAUAAUGUUUUAUAUAUAUAUAUAUUUCAAAAAAAAUAUUAUUUUUCCACAUUUUUAAACAAACAAACAAACACAAAUCAAAACUGAACUUAGUCCAAUAUUAAUAUCAUAGUUAAAUGACUUCCUCAAAUUCCCUUGACUGAAUUUCAUUAUAUAACAUUGUAACGGUUUUCCAAGACAGUUUCUCAUAAAAUUUACUUACUCCUUAACAUCUUUGUCUCUUUUCAUCUUAACUUUAAACAUAUUGUUUUAUAAUUUCACAUAUUUAAGUCCUUAGCCUAUCUGUUAUUUUGCAAGUAUUUCUGUUUAAUUUAUCUUAGCAUAUUUCGAUAAACAGUCUUUAAAUUUCUUCCAUUCUUCCUGAUGUUCCUCCUCCUUCUGGUCACUGAUUCUUCUGGUCAGGUCGGCUAGCUCCGAAAAGUCCAUCAUCUUCAUCUGCCAUUCCUCCACUGUUGGUAUUUCUGGUGUUUUCCAAUUUUUGGCUAAUAAAAUUCGAGUUGCAGUUGUGGCAUACAAAAACAGUCUAGCAUCUUUUUUGGGCAAUUCCAAACCUAUUAUUCCAAGAAGAAAGGCCUCUGGUUUCUUAACAAAUGUAUAUUUCAACAUUGUUUUCAACUCAUUAUAAAUCUUCUCCCAGAAGUCUUUCAUCUUGGGACAGGUCCACCACAUAUGGUAAAAGGUAUCCUCCUUUUCUAGGGGACGCAGGUGGCGCUGUGGGUAAAACCUCAGCGCCUAGGAUUUGCCGAUCGCAUGGUCGGCGGUUCGAAUCCCCGCGGCGGAGUGAGCUCCCGUCGUUCGGUCCCAGCUCCUGCCCACCUAGCAGUUCGAAAGCACCCUUAAGUGCAAGUAGAUAAAUAGGUACCGCUUUAUAGCGGGAAGGUAAACGGCGUUUCCGUGUGCUGCGCUGGUGCUGGCUCACCAGAACAGCUUCGUCAUGCUGGCCACGUGACCCGGAAGUGUCUGCGGACAGUGCUGGCUCCUGGCCUCUAGAGUGAGAUGAGCGCACAACCCUAGAGUCUGGCAAGACUGGCCCCUACGGGCAGGGGUACCUUUACCUUUACCCUCCUUUUCUUCACAUUUCCAGCAUAGAUUAUCACUAUUGUGAUAAAUCUUUGCUAACUUUACAGGAGUCAAGUACCAUCUAUACAUCAUUUUCAUAUUAUUUUCCUUUAACAUUGUACAUGCAGUGAACUUGACCCCUUUCCUCCACAACCUUUCCCAAUCUUCAAACAUUAUGUUAUGUCCCACAUCUCUUGCCCAAUCUAUCAUCACAGAUUUAACUUGUUCAUCCUUUGUAUGCCACUCCAACAAUAAAUUAUACAUGUUAGACAAAUUUUUAACUUUAGAAUCUAACAACUUCAUUUCCAGUUUAGUUUUUUCCAAAGCAAAACCAUUUUUCUUAUCUAUUUUGUACAAUUCAUUAAUCUGGUGAUAAUGUAACCAAUUUAUUUUAUCUUUGAUUUGGUCAAAUGAUUUUAAUUUAAAUCCUUCAUUAUCUUCCAAUAACAAAUCUGAAUAUCUCAACCACUUGGAUUCCAUAUUUGACUUUUUCUGGGCCUUUGCCUCCAUUGGCGAAAGCCAUCUGGGUGUUUUCCUUUCUAGAAGAUCUUUGUAUUUAAUCCAAACAUUAUAUAGAGAUUUUCUAAUCACAUGAUUUUUAAAGCCAUUCUGGGCCUUUACCUUGUCAUACCAUAGAUAUGCAUGCCAUCCAAACACAUUGUCAAAUCCCUCCAAAUCUAAAACAUCAGUGUCCUCUAGUUGUAUCCAUUCCUUAAUCCAGCAAAAAACUGCUGCUUCAAAAUACAUCUUCAAAUAUGGAAGGGAAAAUCGCCCUCUUUCUUUCGAGUCCGUUAGUAAUUUAUAUUUGAUUCUGGGUUUUCCCCCCUGCCAGAUAAAUCUAGAUAGUGCUUUUUGCCAUUCUUUGAAACACUUCACAUUAUCAAUAAUUGGUAGGGCUUGAAACAGAAACAACAUCUUUGGCAAUACAUUCAUCUUAACUACAGAUAUCCUGCCCAUUAAUGACAAUUUCAAACUCGACCAAAUCUCCAAAUCUCUCUUAAUUUCAUUCCAUAAUUUCUCAUAGUUAUCUUUAUAUAGAUUCAAGUUUUUCACCGACAAAUUGACCCCCAGAUAUUUAACUUUUUUCACAAAGACUAGGCCCGUCUUUUCUUGUAAUAACUUCCUUUCCUCAUUGUCCAUAAGGCAUAAUGUUAUAAUGCUAUUUGGUAGCCCUGUAUAAUGAGUGAAAUAACAGAUGAUGUUUCAAAUUAAGUUCUUAAACAAAAAAUAUAUUUUCAAGGGUCUAACCUGCUUCUAGCUUAUUGUUGUUAAUUGUAUGGAAUCCCAUCCACAAAUGGUAGCUCUCAACACUUAGUGCCAUUAGUUUUAGUUGCUCCCUUCAGACACAGAGGGAUUAGAAACAGUUCCUUUGGGCUACUUCUUUUAACAUGUAGCUCUUAAAAUUAAGUCAUACCUGUGCUUCUUGUGUCCCACAAGGACAUACACAGCCCUCCAGCCACCCAUAGGAGCCUGCUGGCAUCUCCCCCCCCCCCCCGGCACCUGGCAGGCUGCCCUAGGUGGGUGGUGGCCUGGGUCAUAAGCUGUGCAGGCUUGAGUAAACAAAUACAGUGGUGCCCCGCAAGAUGAACGCCUCGCAAGACGGAAAACCCGCUAGACGAAAGGGUUUUCCGUUUUGGAGGCGCUUCGCAAAACGAAUUUCCCUAUGGGCUUGCUUCGCAAGACGAAAGCCCAUAGGGAAAUCUCCGGGGACCUCUUUUAAAUGCUAGCGGUGGGGAGCAAAGCCUUCCCCUCCGGCCUUCAGAUGCGGUCCAGGAUGGGUGGGGGGGGCCGAAAGGCUUUGCGCCCCACCGCCAGCAUUUUAAAAGCAGUCCGGGAUAGCAGGGAAGCGCUUCCCGCUAUCCCGGACGGCUUUUGAAGGCAGGAGAGGUCCGCGAAGCCUGGGCGCGCUGAUCUCAGCGCGCGCAGGCUUCGGCAUGCCGGCAACUCUCCGCAAGCAGCGGCAGCGCUGCCGCUGCUCGCGGAGAGGUCCGCGAGCCUGGGCGCGCUGAUCUCAGCGCGCGCAGGCUUCGGCAUGCCGGCAACUCUCCGCAAGCAGCGGCAGCGCUGCCGCUGCUCGCGGAGAGGUCCGCGAAGCCUGGGCGCGCUGAUCUCAGCGCGCGCAGGCUUCGGCAUGCCGGCAACUCUCCGCAAGCAGCGGCAGUGCUGCCGCUGCUUGCGGAGAGGUCCGCGAAGCCUUGGCUGGACAGCUGUUGAAGGCAGGUGGGGGGACAAGACUUUCGCCCCCGCCAACCUUCAGAAGAGGUCCAGGACCUCUUCUGAAGGCUGGCGGGGGCAAAGUCUUUGUCCCCCUGCCUGCCUUCCCAGGGGCUUUAAAUUGCCCCGGACAGCGGAGAAGUCCUCCGCUGUCCCGGGGCAAUUUUAAAUGCCGCCCGCCAGCAUUUUAAGAUCGCCCGGACAGCGGAGAAGCCCUCCGCUGUCCCGGGGUUUUUUAAAAUGCUGGGGUGGGUGGGAAGAAAAGCCCUUGUCCCCCCCCCCCAGCCUUCAGAAGAGGUCGGGGGACAGACUGUCCCCGGACCUGGUCUGAAGUCGGUUUCCCUAGGAACGCAUUAAUUGAUUUUCAAUGCAUUCCUAUGGGAAACCGUGCAUCGCAAGACGAAAAACUCGCAAGAAGAAAAAACUUGCGGAACGAAUUAAUUUCGUCUUGCGAGGCACCACUGUAGUAGUUCAAAAAAGAAAGUCACAAGUAAUCAGUAAUUAAAUAUGGGAGAUCUCAUUCACAUUAUUUAGCAGCAUUGUACACCUUUAAAUAUAAGAAUACUGGUUUAUAGUAUGAAAAGGUCUUGCACGCAAACCCACAAAAGUUACCAGUGGUGCAAACAACUUUUACUAACCCUCUUGUCCAAACAAGGUUAUAAUCUGUUGGCUAAAAGGACGGGGGGAAAUACAUUAUUUAUUGCAGCAUUUCUUCCUGGUUAUCUGCGCGAAAUAGGCACCAACUAUGUGAACGGAUAUUUAUACGCCUUGAAGGAUAUUUAUAUGCCUUGGGUUUUUCCCCUGUGUAGGCAGCUCCCAAAAGCUUGUGACACCUGGGAUCAAAUCCUGCAGAACCACCCAACUGACCUGUUAGCCCUCAAAUUUGCACAUGACACUUAUUUCUACUUGGGACAUCAAACCCAGAUGAGAGACUCCAUUGCUCGAGUCUAUCCUUAUUGGACACCAGACAUUCCUCUUAGUAGGUAAGAUCAUUUUGCUUCUGCUGCGCUCUCUGAUUCUACUGCAUGCUCAAAUUCAAGAACCUCAGAUAAGAAAUAUUAUCAGAUCUUGCAGUCCAACUUAUUUGUUUAUUAUUUUAAAACAUGUUUACCCUACUCUUCAGCCAAAAAAGGUGUCCAGAUCAGUCUACAAGUGUACAAUCUAAAAGUACAUGUAAAUCAACACACCUGGAUUUUAGAAAAAGAUUCAUAAUAAGAAGCUCAAUUUUCAGAAUAACUGUCCCCCCGCCCUAGUACUAAUAUUCUUAAGCAAGUGAGACCUGUGACAAACUGGAGGGCUCCCAUUCACUGUUCCCAUCAGUCAUCUGCAUCCUCCUCCAUGGUAAACAAUUCCAUCCCCCAUGGUUUUGUAAACCCCACCUGACAACUGUUAAUCUGCAUCCUGAUCCCACAUAAUCCUUUCCUCAUUGAGCUGUUUCCCACCUAAAGUGGUUGUUGUUUGAGGUAAACACAAAUACAAACAGUUCCCUGAGCCUUACUCAUACCUCCCUCUUGUGUGUGGUUGGUGCUGUUUACCUACAUAAUGGUUGGCACUUGCCUUUGAACUUCAGAAAUGGAGGGGAAGACUCUAGAAAGAAGAUCUGAGGCUGAGAAAAUAGAAGGCUUGUGUGUAAGGUGCCUGGCAAGCAUUGUCAGUCUCCAUGCAGCUCCUUGGCCAGUCGGAUGCAACACGGAGGCCUUGGGACUGGAGAAGGACCUACAUGCAAAUGCCAUUCAUCCUAAGGAAGCAGAGAGCACCCAGCAGCUCUUUAAAGGUCAGUGUCAGCAUCCAGCCCAGGUCCCAGCAGGGAAGAGGAGGACCAUGAGAAGAGACGAGGAACCCAGGAGAGCAAGGAGACAGAUAUGAGGGGAGAAGGCAUAUGGAAGGGUCUGUGGCUGUUUACUUCAGAGAAGAGAGGAAAGACUGUCAGGAAAAUAAACUAUAUAAAGAACCAAACAUAGUAGGUGUCCUGUGAUAAAAGGAUGCGACCAAGUAAGGGACUCCCUCAAGGGUCCUCUGAGUACAAGAGACCACCUGGGGUUCUGAGGAAUCCAGGACCAGAGGAGGGCUGGAGCUGACACGCUUUACAGACUGAAGUGAAAUUUGGACACAUGCUCUCGUGUGUUAAGAAUAAAGUGUCGAUUCCCUGAAUAUACUAAUUUCUAGUGAGAACCUGUUGCAAAUGCUAGUUCUUAUGUAGUUUCAUCAAGUAAAAUUCUCUUUUUUAUUUUAAGGUAUUUAUCAAGGUGCUAUUAAGGAAUCUCAUAUUGACUGUCAGUUUUUACUUUUUCUGUUUAGCUACUUAAAAGGCAUGUACUCCUUUGGACUGAUGGAAACCAAUUUCUUUGAUCGUGCUGAGAAGCUUGCCUAUGAGGUAAAAAAUAAAAAGGCUGAAAUAUGGGGUGUUCAAGUUAUUUUUUGUGUAGGUGAGUGAGAGAGGUAAUUGGUGGUAAGCUGGGUAGUUAUUACGGCGGUUCAUAAAAAACUUUUUUUUAAAAAAAUGCCUGCUCCAAAGAUCUCAUCUUACUACACUAGGGAUUAUAUAGCUAUAUACGGUCUUCAAAUAAAAACAUCUUGAAGGUCCCAGGCCCCAGAGAAGUUAGGCUGGCCUCAACUAGAGCCAGGGCCUUUUCGGCUGUGGCUCCGAUCUGGUGGAACACUCUGUCACAAGAGACCAGGGCCCUGCGGGACUUGACAUCUUUCCGCAGGGCCUGCAAGACAGAGCUGUUCCACCAGGCCUUUGGCCAGGGCACAGCCUGACUCCCUCCCUCGGCAAUCUUCGCGGAGCUCUGGCCCAAUGGUUGCCAGUGGCUUGAAUUAAUUAAUUUUAUAACGAAUGAUUUUAGACUGUUGUUUAUGCUGUACUUUUGUACUGUUUUAUUGUUGUUAGCCGCCCUGAGCCCGCCUUCAGCUGGGGAGGGCGGGAUAUAAAUAAAAUUUAUUAUUAUUAUUAUCUGAAAUUUCAUGCAUAUCAGUUAAUAUCUUGACCCUCCUCCACAAAAAUAGCUGUUUAUUUGGCCAUUUCCCUAUGUUGUGAAGGCUGAAAUUUCAAUUCAGUGGAGCAGGGUCAAGGUAUUAAGUGAUAUGCAUGAAAUUUCAGAUACAGCUAUAUAAUCCCUAGUGUAGUAAGAUAAGACCUUUGGAGCAGGCAUUUUCAAAAAAAAAGUUUUUUAUGAACCGCCCUAGUAGUUCUAGUAGUUAUGCCAGUCUGGCCCAUCAAGAGCUAAAAGGAAUAGUUUUUUGGCCUCUUUUGAGAUUUCCUGGCUUCCCCAGUUUAUACUGCCAGGAAAAGGCACAGCUUGGGAGAUAUUGCAGACAAUAUUUUCAUUUCCUUAUCUCACGCAACCUCGUUUUGCUAUUCUGAUGUCCUCAGUUUAAGUGACUUCCUCAUAGGUGUCAACGGACUCUUCCAGAAACAUUCUAGAAUCCUUUUCACCUGCUCCUCGUUGUGGUGUACUAGCCUAAUAUUCUUCAGUUGCAUCUGGAAUGACCUUUCCACCAUGUUACUCAACCAAGAGGAAACCAAGCCAAGUGUUAUUUAUGCUUUUCUAGCAACAGAGCACAUUAGCUAACAAGUACAAUUUUUUCCUAUUAACCUUUUGUUAGGCUUUAGCUAUCAACCAAACAGAUGCAUGGUCUGUCCACACCAUAGCUCACGUGAACGAAAUGAAGGCAGAUCUGAAGAGUGGGCUGUCAUUUAUGAAGCAAACUGAAAACAACUGGAAGGUAAAAUAUAUUGCUUUCUGAGGUGGUUGCUCACACACUCUCAUCCUGAAAGGCCUGCUCCAUGGCACGUUCUUCCGCAUAGCAAGUUAUCUUCCUAUAUACAUAAAAAUGUAAGGCUGCCACCAUGCAGUCCAGAUUGUAGUACAGUGGUACCUUGGGUUACAGACGCUUCAGCUUACAGACUCCGCUAACCCAGAAAUAGUACCUCGGGUUAAGAACUUUUCUUCAGGAUGAGAACAGAAAUCAUGUGGCGGCGCAGCAGCAGGAGGAGGCCCCAUUAGCUAAAGUGGUGCUUCAGGUUAAGAACAGUUUCAGGUUAAGAACGAACCUUCAGAACGAAUUAAGUUCUUAACCCGAGGUACCACUGUAUUUGUGGUGCCUCGUCACAAUCUUGGAUUUGCAUUAAGUCUGCAUGGGAGAGGGGAGUAAAAGAGAAGGCAUGUUUAAAAUGGUGGUAUAAAACAACAAUAACGGUUUGAAUCAAGCAGAGAUUUGAAUAAAGGAAACAACGAGCAGCAAAGUGGUGAUUUUAAACAAUGGCAGAGGCGUGAGUAAAGGGAACAAGGUUGUGUGCACAGCAGUUUCAAACAAGGUCUGUGGUGCUGUUCUGUAUUUCUGAGCUGUUUACUGCCUUGAGACCUUUGGAUGAAGGGCGGGAUACAAAUUUAAUUAAUAAAUCAUGAUGAUGAUGAUCCGAAGAAGGGAACUGGGGAAAGGUCUUGUGGCGAUCACACAGGGUUACCGGACGUUUGACGGUCUAUUGAUCCCUGUGCCACCACUGUGAUUGCUUCUCCGCUGCCACCAACCCCUUUCUCUCGGGUACACACGGAGUACAGACAGUUGUUAACAUUAAACCAAAUAAACAAGUUUAUUUUAUAAGCAUGAACAAGUUUAUGGUUUCAGAUAAUUUUUCUUGUCAGUUUCUUAAUCUUAGUUUCUUUACUGGCCUAUACCUUCCUAAUAACUUUUAACUGAUUAUCCCAACUGUCUAUCUGACUCCUCUUAACAGAUUCUCUCACUCUCUCACAUCAAACUACCCCAACCCACAGACUUAUCCUCCCUCUCUCUUCUCUAACACCCAACUCCUUCCCCAACAACACUAACUCUAACUCUAACUCCUCCCCUUGGGUUCCCACUUGUCAAUCACUUCACACUCAUUUAACCCUUUCCUUAGGACCCAGCAUGUUGUCACCUAGGAGGGCAAAUGCCAUAGGUCUGUUUUGUUCGCUUCAAAUAUUCCAUAGUACCUUCGUACAAUCUGGUUUUUCACUCCUGGUACCAUGUGUUGUCUUCCACAUGAAGUUCCAGAUUCAGUGUAGUAAUUAGAGAUAGUUGAUUAACAAGUGACUGAACUUGACUGAACUUGAUCUUCUUCAACUGAAUAGGUUAAUUGACAGGCUUGCUCUUAAAAAUCUAUUCAUCUUGAAAAUACAGUAGCUUGUGUAAGUGUGUUGUAUGUGUGUUUGUGCAAAAGAGGCUGCAUGGAGAAGGCAUGGAAAUAAGGGUGAUCUGUGUGCAAGGGAGAGUUUGAAAAAAAAAGGAGGAUGGAAGAAGUAGGGGUGAAGGUGAUAGUGCUUUGUGUGCUUAGUCACUGCAUGUGGUGGUGGGGGAGGAGCUCUAGGUGAUUAAUGGGAAUGGCAUGGGGGGUGUAAAUGGAGCUACGCUUUGGGUGCCUUGUCAUUCUGAGGUAAGUCAGAGACAAAAGGGCCUUUUCAGAUUGUAAUUUGGGGUGCUCACAUGUAUCUUUUGAAAAGAUGGCCAAAACCUUUCAAUUUCAGAGAACUUCUGGGAAACCUGAUUAGUUUCCCUGUUCUUAUACCUUGUUGUUUGAAAUGGGGCAUUGUGUUGGAACAUGUUUUUCAUGGAAUUUUUAAUUCAAACUUUCCUAUGGAUUUACAUUUUUAAUAAGGAAUUAAGCACCACAUGUUUUGAGAACUGUUGUAGUCAAGAAUUCUACUCAUAUUGAUCCAGAGCAGCUUCCAAUAUAUAGUUAACAGAGUAAAAUUUGAAACACAUUGCAGUUUUGAUUCCCAAAAAUAUAUACCGGGGGCAAUUGUGUUUCAUCCAGCAGAGUUUUAACUGCUGCUGAAGGCAGAUGAGCAUAAUGGUCACAAAUCCAAUACAUUCAGGAUUGGCACUGCCCAUAGGAAAUCCAGCUGCAGCAGACUUAACUUAAACUUACAAUAACUUAUAAUAAGAGUAAAACAUUAACACUAAGCAUACUAUAUACAGAACAUCACACCAGAAUAAAAGAGAGAUAAAGUGAAACCAGGCUCCUUCUGGCCUCGAGCAGGACCUUGAGUGAAAGAGAUAACAGAACCAGUUUAAACCAGCUGUUCAGCUUCUCUGAAGGAAUAACCUAAACAUCAGGAAUCUUCUUCCUCUUUCUAGGCAGAAUAGAACAUGGGUAGGCAACCUAAGGCCGGGGGCCGGAUGCGGCCCAAUCACCUUCUCAAUCCGUCCUGCGGACGGUCCAGGAAUCAGCGUGUUUUUACAUGAAUGUGUCCUUUUAUUUAAAAUGCAUCUCUGGGUUAUUUGUGAGGCAUAGGAAUUCUUUCUUUCUUUUUCAAAAUACAGUCUGGCCCCCCACAAGGUCUGAGGGACAGUGGACCGGCCCCCUGCUGAAAAAAUUUGCUGACCCCUGGAAUAGAAGCUUGCUUGUCAGCUAGAAACUUCCAGCUUGUAUCACACAGAGAAGCUUCCAGAACACUCUUGAUCUUCAAUCAAUUAGAAUAGGAUUAAUACUUUCUUCACCAAAUAGAUCAAUAUUUUCUUCACCAAAAAAUGCAAACUGACAUACUGAAGGUAUUGAUAGACAAGGCAGUAUUCUCUCAACCUCAGUCCUUUCCAUCAGUCACAUGAAAAUUGGCCUACCCUACAGGGGUGUAGGAGUGCCUGGUGUGCUGUGGUCCAGAGGGUCACGAAGAGUCAGACAUGACUAAAUGACUAAACAACAACACAGGGUUAGUGGAAAGAUUAUGGCUGCCAGAGGUCUGGAAGAGGUCACCAGCUCCUCAGUGGGCCAGGCUGAGUCCCUGAGCAGUCCCUAAGCUGACUGUCCUUAUUACAGAGUUUCCUGUGGCAGCUCAGGACCUUGAGUCCCUUCUGUUUUUGCAGUUCUAUGAUUCUAGUUUGUUAAUCCUUAUUUCAUAUUCUCAGGUCACUGUGUUUGCCAGGUUCCAGUUCUAAGAAUGAGAUGCUUUAUUUAAAUUAGCUAUUUGUUCCCAAAUAUAGGAAAGUUUUUUUCCUCUGGCAUGCUUUAAUGUUUUGCUCUCAAAACCUAAUUUUGAUCAUUAUAUUGGAGCUCUCUAUUUUUUUCAUUACAUUGGUACCUCGGGUUAAGUACUUAAUUCGUUCUGGAGGUCCGUUCUUAACCUGAAACUGUUCUUAACCUGAAGCACCACUUUAGCUAAUGGGGCCUCCUGCUGCCGCUGCGCUGCUGCUGCACGAUUUCUGUUCUCAUCCUGAAGCAAAGUUCUUAACCUGAGGUACUAUUUCUGGGUUAGUGGUGUCUGUAACCUGAAGCGUAUGUAACCCGAGGUACCACUGUACUAGCCAAGUCUAAAUGCUAGAGUUUCCCUUAGACAAUCUAUGAUUACUUUCUGAUGUUAACAUUCUGUAACUUUUUAAUGGUAGACCAUUAAAAAACUAUGUUUAACAUUUAUUCAUCAUUCUUUCAUCUUUUCCAGGAUAGCGACAUGCUUGCUUGCCAUAACUACUGGCACUGGGCUUUGUAUUUUAUUGAAAAGGUAUGUGGAUGCUUCUGUAACUGUAUUGAGUCUGCAAGAAAAUCCUUUCAAUACAUUUCAUUUGCUGCUAUCCUUUCACCUUUCAUCCUUUGACUACCCUUACACUUAAGUUCCUUAUCUCAUUUUAGUUUCUUUAAUAUAUUUGUUUCUCACAUUCACACAAAAAUUGUUACGGACAGAGAGCAUUGACAUUUUUCUUCGUACUGGAUACCUGACUUGAAGUUUUCUCAUACUUGGGAACAAGUACACUACCGCCUCAUAUUUUGCACUCUCUCAUCACCUCCAACCAGUGCAGGAAUGUGAUAAAUUAUUCUUUACAGCUGGGAAAACCAGAUAGUGAUCCAUGGUGAGGUCAAAAUAUUUGCUAGGGUCUUUAAAUUCUUUUCUGCCCUGAAUGCUCUGCAGAAUGACAGGGUGUCUCUUGUGUCUGUCUACAGUUAGAGACUUUAAUUAGUAAGAAGCAGUAAAUUUGAUCUCCAAGCCAACUUCCUUCCGUUUAAGUGCUCAAAGCAAUGUAUAAUUAUUUUAUGAACAUAUAGAACUCAUUUGAAUACAGUAAAACCAAUGGCAACACAGCAUGAUAACACGCGAUAGCCCAUUUCUAUAGUAAGGUUGUGUCUGCCUGCGAGUCACUUGCAAUUAUCUUCGCUAAAAUCAGCUGAAUGAGGGUUUAGAAAAUGAAGUGCUUCCAUACCAUUCUGCAGCACUGCUCAGGCUAAAUGGGCAUGAACCUUCAGCAGAUGCCAUGGGAAGCCCCAUUAGAACAACACAUGAAGGAGCAACUUGUGGGUAUGGCUAUAGAUCAUGGUAUGGCUUUUCCUCUCCAUGGGGAGCUGCACUCCCUUGGGGAUAAUCUACUGCCAGGGACUGCAUUCUGGUGGCAGACAGUACCUUGGGUUGUAUACCUCAACACCGAAGCAGCUGUUUUCCUGGGGGCAAAGGGUGGUGACUUUGUAGCCAAUGUGCAGUGCCCCCCCCCAACAAAACUGCAUUUUCUCUUACCUGCACAUUUAAAACAUGUUUCAGUUUGUCAGAAAUCUGAUACAGUAGUACCUCGGGUUAAGUACUUAAUUUGUUCCAGAGGUUCGUUCUUAACCUGAAGCUGUUCUUAACCUGAAGCACCACUUUAGCUAAUGGGGCCUCCCACUGCUGCCGCACGAUUUCUGUUCUCAUCCUGAAGCAAAGUUCUUAACCCGAGGUACUAUUUCUGGGAUAGCGGAGUCUGUAACCUGAAGUGUAUGUAACCCGAGGUACCACUGUAGUCUGAUUUAUUGAUCCCAAUGCAUGGUUAAUUACAGAAGUUACAAUAUGAUGAGUUGACUGUUUGCAAAUGCACGAAUAAAAUGAAAUCCUCCUUGUUCUUGUAGGGUGACUACGAGGCUGCUUUGACAAUUUAUGACACUCAUGUAAGUAUGAGCAGCAUCCUUAACAGACACGUGAAACCAUAUUUGUGCCUUUCCUUCUGCUGUAUAUAGGCUGGCAUUUUCACUCCCCAUUAAAAUAACUAUAAUUUCAGCACCAGGAAGAACAUAUUUUCUCAGAACUAAGUCCUGGCUUCAAGGGGAAUUACACUCUGGUAGGUGUGUAUAGGAUUGCAGGCUCAUGCUUGACUUUACAACAUUAGCCAGAUACAACAUAAUAGAUGCAGAUUUGAUAAUCCAGCCUACUUUGUUGCAGAAUUUGAGCCAAUUUGGUACAUUUUUAAACAGUGUUUUAGCUCAGAAUAUACAUAGCUCUGCUUUACAACCUUGAUUUUGUAAGAUGAAAGCACAGUUCAAGUGUUUUCGGGGGCUGGAUAGUUCAUCUGCUUUGAACUCUCUUGAGUUUGCACUAAAACGUUGUUUCUGAUAGUUGAGAUGCACUCUUUUUUCUUCUGAAGUAAAUUUGGAAGUAUUCUUCAUUGUUGCAUUAGAAAGGUUUACUCUGGGAGUAUGUAACAGAAGGAAAUAACUCCUUGUAGAAAUUAUUGCUCUGGACAUUCAUUCUGAUUGAAAGAAGGCAAACUCAAGGUAGCAACUUACACAGAGGUACAACUGUUGAGUCUCCUCUGUGGGUAGGAAAUGUUCUGUCUCGAUUGGGAAGGUUAGCUUUCAGGCAGGGAUUUCGCAGAAUUGCAGGUUCCCUUCAGAGGCUCCUCUGUGGAGAGGAGCCUUGGGCUCACAGAAUCCUUUUCAUUAUUUCAUUCAUCUCUCACAUGAGACUUCCCAUUGUUACAUGUGGCAUUGCUAUGGCCAGCUCACAAUUUGGGCAUUAACUGCACUAUGGGUUGCUAAAGGAGGUGUGUUGCUGGCACAUCCUAGCUUCCUCAUCCACAUUGGCCUGGCAAUCUGAGAAGUAGCUUUUCUAUAGUUCUGUGUAUGUGAAAUAGAAAGUGCCUUGUAUCUUUAUCAACACCCAUGUCUUUCUUCCUAUCAUAAGCAUUUGUUGGGCUAUUUCAGUCUUCCAAAGAAACAUGUAACUUCUAUUAAUUCUUUUAAUUUUUAUAUGUGGUUUUGGAUCAACAAGAACAGCAAAAGUAUGUGGUGCUCUCUCUCUCCCAAUGAGACUUUCUAAUCAGUUUUGUGAAAGAACAGUCCCUUAUUGAAUUAGAAGAACUGGAGAUAGAGAAGCAGCAGCAAAAAAGAGUCUGUGUAAAGAGAAUGAGGAGGAGGAGGAGAACCAAACUCUUCUGACAUGGAUGGUGCUCAGAGGUUCACAAGGGGAUGGAGGAAGUGCAAAGUGCAAGAUAGCUGUCUCCUAAAGCACAGUUUAAGGAGAAUAUUAGAAAUCUUAAAUCUGGACUGUGAGGCCAAUCCAAAUUCUGAAUGCUUUGCGGUUUACAGAUUGCUCCCAGGUGCCAGUUGAGUGGAACCAUGCUGGAUGUUGUUGACAAUUGCUCCAUGCUGUAUCGGCUUCAGUUAGAAGGUAAAAGAGAAACUCCGAAGAGGCUGUGCUCUUGCCUAUUUAGGCUGGCAACAGUUUUCUUUUUAUUUUAUGCAUUUGAAUCUCUUUGCUCUACAUUUCACUCCCUUCCCUGGCUAAACAGAAGAAGGACUGAAAAAGAGCUGGCCUGAUCAAUACUGUGCAUGAGCUACUAUAGCGAAUCUCACAAUUUUCUUGGCUACUUUUCUCUGCCCCUCCCUCUCUUUUGUUUUGUUUCAAUGUAUUGGGUACCCAGACCAACUGAAUUGGGUUAGAGGCAGCUUCCAGUCAACAAUGACUGAGAUAUGAAUCCAUAUAGCCAUAUAUGGCUGUCCAGACAUUGUUUUUAUUGCAUAUGCCUAGUGAUUUGUGUUCAGGACAGUCAUAAGUGAGUCCACUUUCAAGACUUUCACCUGCAAAUCUCUUGGGGCUCCUUCAUUUCCAAUCCUGCAUCGUCCUGUUGAAAUCCCAUAAUUUUUCAUACAACAAAUAUUCUGAGAGUUGUUGUUUUUUCUACUACUUUUGUUUUGUUGUGCUAUAGUCCUCCAGACAGCAAUAAUGUGGAAGCAUUGCAGAACAAAUUAAAGCAGAAUUAAUCAGCCACUAAUACAGCCUUAUUAUGUCAAAAACAUGUUACAGAAUAAUCUCAAAAUCAAAAAACCACUCUGGAGAAGUCCUAAAUGCUUAUGUAUGAGUAUAGACAUUAAAGUACAUAUAAAAAAGUGUUUUGCACUCAGUGGCUUUGCAGCAAAAGCUAUGCCUCUUUACUCCAAAGUAUGUCCCACUGUUUCCAGUGGGGUCUGCUCUGAAGUAAAUGUGCAUGGCCAUGUUUAAUAUUCUAAGUUGCUUUUUAAAAAACGUGUUAACUUUUCUCCUAGGUCUGAAGGUUGGUGACAGGUGGAAAGCAGUAAACCAGCUGACAAAAAAACAUGCCAAAGAUCACAUCCUGGUUUUCAAUGAUGCUCAUAUUCUGAUGUCUUCAUUAGGAGCCCAGGACCACAAAACUACUGAUGAACUCUUAGCAACUCUUCAUGAAGUCACCCAGUAAGCAGCAAACAGUUUUAUGAAUAGGCAUUUUCUUCUUCUUAGCUUUUGCCCCCUUUCAGGAGACUGGGUGGGCACUGAACGCCAUGUGAAACCCCCUCCUUAGAAUUUCUACUCAAUGUAAAGAUGGAGCUGCCAGACUUCAAGAAGAUGUGCAAAGGGUUGAGGGCAACCUUGCACCUAACCCCUGCCCAACCUCGCUUCACGCAAGGAGAAUCUACAAGGAGAUCUUUUUUUGUAUUUAGAGCCAAGUGGAGCUGAGUGAGACAUGUCUACCCUGUCUAUCUCAAAUGGGGUGCUUUCUCUGCUGCAGGAGGGGAGAGGAUUUGGCUGUUACUCUCGUACUUGCUAUCAGCGGGUACAAAACAGAUGUGUUGGGAAAUGGUUAGUUUGCUUAUUUUAGAUGUAUAGCCCAGAAAUACCAUGAAAGCUCAGCUCAAGCACAGGAAGGAAAAAAAUAAGCACAAUACAGUAAGAUGUCAUCUAAAUUAUGGAAAUUUCUCUAUUGCCCAAUUUAAUGCUAAGCCCGAGCAGGCAAGUAAUGCAGUUCUCUCAGAAAGGCACUCAGGCUAUGCAGUGGGAGGAAGACCCACGUUGAGGGGUAGAGCAGCCUCCCUUACAUUGUGCCCUUGCUAUCUGAACCCAGAACAGAGAUUCAAAAGUGAUAGCUUGUUGCUGCUUGAAGAUGCUGUAAGGUUUACUGUAGUGUCCGGGGCGGACUUUGGUAAUCUUCUGUAAUAUGGUGCCCUGUGCAAGGCCAAAAUUUGGUGCCCCCAAAUGGAACUUCUGUUAUUGAUCUUCUCAGUUUUGCACCCCCUCGGCUCAGCACCCUGUGCUGGGGAACCCCCCGCACCACCCUGAACCCAGCACUGGUGGCAUAAGCAUUUGUGGGCCAGAGCCAUUUAAUCAGAUACAUAAAAUGAUCACCAAGAUGGGUAAAUAAUGAAUACCUGGUCAUGGUGGAGAAAAUAAUUGUGCCUUUAAAAAACAAACAAACACAAUGAGGCCAAAAUUUCAAGCAAUGCAAGAGUCAAUGCUGUGCAAUCUCUGCAAAACGGGAUACGAAAUAUAAACAAAUGAGUAAAAUGCAAUCAACAUGGAUGUGACCUAGUCCCCAACUAGCCACUGGUGAUAAAUAGCCAUUGCAAGAUGGCUAGUGUAAAUAAGUGAGCAAGUCAAAGCAUUCCAGUACUAUUGUGGAACUAAACAAUAACCAUAGCAUUACGGGCUUAAUCAACUGUGCAUCUUCUGUUGUAAUAUAUAUCAUUGUCUGCCAACAAUGUCCCUCCAGAAGGCCAAGCAGGUUGAUCUGUAUAUGAAGAUAGACAGACGCAGUUGAGAUACUUGAAAAGGGAACACUUGGAAAUCUGCCUGGGAAGCAUUUCUUUCUCCCACAACAUAUUGUAGCAAACCUUAAAGUUAAUUUUAAAAAGUUUCAGAGGAAGACCACUCGGGAAUUGGAAUUGAUUAGCAAAUUAGAUACUGUGGCAUUUUGUCCCAUAAAUCCAGGGGAUGGCUGGAGCUUCCCAGCAUCUCAUUAUCUUCCAUGUGUCCCAAGUGUGUGUCUCCGUGCGAUGCUUUUAAGAUGUUGUCUGUGCACACCACACCAUACUGAAGUGUUAAUUAGGUAUUAUUUUGUCAAACAAAAUGAGUGUUGCUUAACAGCUGUAUAUAAUCUGCUUAAAGAUAUAAACUGAUGCAUCAGGUUGGUGGUGUACGACCAUCCAGGUAAAAUAAAGCAGCUAAUUACAACACAAUUCCUACAGUAAUUACGGUAUAUUCUGGACCGUUUUGUUAAAUAGGUGUUCAGUUUUCUGCCAGAGUUCUGAGUAUCUGGAUGUGCAAAUUCACCAACAACUUACUGGUUUAUAAAUAUUUUGAUCUACUUUUUUCGCUUCUCCCUCUCUUUCUCUUCUCCAGGGCACCUGAUGAAGACCAUGAGCUAAACUUAGUUCCAAAAUUAGGGCUGCCUCUUUUGAAAGCAUUUGUAGAGUUUGAUAAUGGCAAUUAUGACAAGGCAGUGGAAUUACUGUAUCCCAUUCGCUACCAAAUUGUCGAAAUAGGAGGGAGCAAUGCUCAGGUGAGGGAAUUUUUUUAAUGCUCAGUUUGUUGACUGUUCUGUUCAUUGUUGGUGGAAUGACAUUAAAGCAUGAAGAAUGGAGGCCAGAGUCGUAUCAUCAGGAGUGGGUGAGGGCACAGUGAAGGCAUAGCUUCAGCUUUGAAAACAAGUUCUAAAAAGAGUCAUUGUAUUAGGGUUAGUUGAGUACUCCAUGGCAGAACUGUUCUGUGAUCUUGCUCCAUAGAUGCCCAGAGCUUGACAGCGUGCGCUCCCCCUGGCUAAAGGUGUGUUUUCCUGCUAGAAGCUGCUUCCAUUCUGCUUCAUAGUCUCUCUGUAACUCUACAAAUGUAGACAUAGUAAGCAACCAUUCUUUCACGCUGGUUGAAAGACGAUCACUCAGGGCAAAUGCUGCCACUCUCUGAAUGCUAUGAAAAGGCAGUUAUUAAGCCGCUUCUUUAAAAGCAUCUUUGGACCUGGUCAAUAUGGCCCAGUCUCAAAUCUUCCAUUCUUGAGCAAGGUGAUUGAGCAAGAGGGUUUUUCAAGGGUUUCCAGUGGUUUAGAGAGUGGCUGGGGAGACUCAGCCAGAUGGGCGGGGUAUAAAUAAUAAAUUAUUAUCAUUAUCAUCAUCAUCAUUACAGUGGUACCUCGCAAGACGAAUGCCUCGCAAGACAAAAAACUCGCUAGACGAAAGGGUUUUUUGUUCUUUGAGCUGCUUCGCAAGACGAUUUUCGCUAUGGGCUUGCUUCGCAAGACGGAAACGUCUUGCAAGUUUGUUUCCUUUUUCUUAACACCGUUAAUACAAUUGCGACUUGACUUCGAGGAGCAACUCAUAGAACGCAGCGUGGUAGCCUUUUUUGAGGUUUUUAAAGACUUUGGUGAUUUUUGAAGCUUUUCCAAAACUUUCCCGACACCGUGCUUCGCAAGACGAAAAAAAUCGCAAGACGACAAAACUCGCGGAACGAAUUAAUUUCGUCUUGCGAGGCACCACUGUAUUAUUAUUUUCAGGCUUUUUCAGUGGUGUUCCCAAUAUACAUUAUUUCACAUGUGAUGCCUUGGAACAUAACCCCUGCAUCAAUGAGUAGUUGCCUGAAUGAUGCAUUUGAAUGAUGUGUUUGAGUAUCUGAAGCAUUUUGCAUUGCUUGCUCUCCUGAGCCAUCUGGUGAACUGAGCCGGCACUUACCUGUUUCACAGCUUACACCCAUAUACCAAAUAUAAUAGAUAGUUGAUAUGCAGUCCGAUCUUCCCCAACAAUUCCAGUCUUAUUCUGUUUCCCUAUGAUCAGUAGCAACAGGUAUCGCGUGCACUGCCUUGACCCCGCGCGAUGUCAGCAUGCAAUGUAUGCAUUCCCCAUGGAGUGUGCACAUGAUGUAAGCACACCUUGCUGUGUGCAUGCAUGAUGUCAGUAUAUCCCGCAGUGUGGUCGUGCCGUGCAUGCAUGCCCCAUAGUGUGCUGACAUCACCACGGGGCAGGCUGAUGUGUUGCUCAGAUGCCCCAUGGUGUGUGCAUAUGGCCUUUGUGGAACUUUGUGAGGAGUGUCCCCUUCAUUGAAAAUUUUAAGGGGGCCCUCCUACUUGGCGUGCCUGACAGGUACUAUAUAACAGAAGCAAAUUGGUAUUGUCUGAUAUUGAGCCCUUGGUUGCCUUUGUUGAAUCACUUUACCAGCAAUGUACUCAGGGAAUUUGGGCUGCAAUAUUAAUUUACUGUUCCAUGUGGUAUUUAAAGGAACUAACAGGCAAGUGAACACAAAAACAGUAGCAAAUCCAAACUAUAGUUAUGGAUAAAUGGUUAGCAAUUGGGAUUUCUCUCCCAAUGCCAAUCCCCCAUAACUUAUCUUGUGGUGUUAUCUUUUUUCCAGAGAGAUAUUUUUGCCCAGUUACUGAUUCAUGCUGCUUUGAAAUGUAAAUCUAAAGCUAACCAAAAACUUGCUAGGUAAGUGCCACCUUCUGAAAAAUACAAAUUUCUGUUUAUUACUUGAAUUAAGCAUUGGGAUGUAUUCAUAAAUGUGGGGGGUGGGUGGCAAUGGCCAGUGAAGGGAGGAAGGAUGGAAUCUGCCCAGCUGAAGCAAUUUUGUUCUAUUGAAACUAUGGCAGCCCUACCUGUUUAUAUCCCCUUAGGGGGAAUGUGAAUGUUCUCCUUAUGUUAACCAUCAGCUGCAGACUUCUGCUACUGAUCUAAUAACUAUACAGCAACACAGAAUUGAGGGUCAGAGUAGGUUUAAAUCAGGGGUUGGCAACAUGUGGCCCAUGGGCCAGAUCCAGCCCACGAAGACCAUUUUACUGACCUACGAGCCACCCGCUCAGCAAGUCCUCUGCAUGCUGUGCUAAACCAACGCAGUGCGGUGUGGGGACUCGCUGAGCGGCACCGGAAAUCACAUCUGCGCACACGCAAAUACCAGAAAUCACUUCUGCACAUGCCCAGGUGCCGGAAAUCACUUCUAUGCAGGCGCGAUUUUCAGCGUCUGGGCAUGCACAGAAGUGAUUUCCAGUGCCACAGACAUGCACAGAUGCGAUUUCCGAUGUAGCGCUGCGCUGGUCCGGCCCACAGACAAUCUCUGUGGGAGUGAUCCGGCCCAUGGCUGGUAAGCCUUGCUGACCCCUGGUUUAAGUGGUGGUUUGACUGAUGCUUUUAAAAUGUCACAAGGAGUAAAGCACAGUCACAUUCUGGCUUCCACUCUCUUUAACUUUUAUAUUAAUGAUUUGGCGCCUUAUUUAGCCAAUGCAAACUCCCCCUCUCCAGUAAUAUUAGGAAGAGAAAGAUCUCCAUAUUAAUGUAUGAAAGUGAUUUAGUGAUCGUCUCUCUUCCCAACUGAGUCUCAAAAAUAUCUUGGAGGUGUUCAACAUUUACUGUAAACAGGAAGGUCUGUCUAUAAAUUACUCCAAGAUUGUGGUUUUUGGCAGGCACAAUCCUAGUUACAGAUGGUGCUUGGAUCAGCAGUCUAUAGAACAAACUUCUUCAUUUAGAUAUCUGGGUGUACUCUGCAAUGAAGCUCAAAGCACAGAAAACCACAGGGGCAUUGAUAAAGUUCUAUUACAAUACGGAAGGGGAGCUGAUAGAACCUGCCGACCAGGCACCAGGCUGGUGAAAGCUGCUCUCCAUAUGCUUAUCCUGUAAGGAAACAAAACUCAGCCCCCUUUCUCCUUUUCUGCCAUGGACUUUUUUAUCAUGCCCUUCUAGGCAGUUCAACACAUUGCCAUUGUGUUGUGUUUCUCUCUCCCUUCUGGAUGAUAUAUAUGGAGAUAUGUUUCCAGCAGGAAACUAGGAAGAGUGCUCUGGUUCACACCUUUGGUUCCAACUUGCUCCAUUGCCCCUGGUCUCUCAGGUGUUCCAGGGAGGGUUGUGUCCCCAUCCGGCAUAGGCUAGGUCCACUACUCAGUCCUGGCACCCAACAGAACUAGUAAGUUUUGAGCUCGCUGACUCAGUGCACUGUUGUCUGAUAGGGCUGGCUGUCCCCUGACUUGCUGGGAGAGAAGCACUUUGAGUGGGGAGGAAGCAUCACUGUGAGGCAUUUUAAACACUCCAAAAAAGAAGCAGAAGAGGAAACAUUGAGUGGUCUGCGCUUCCUCCCUUCUCACCACGUUCCACUCAAAGCAGAGAAAUGUAGAUCUUGUACAUGACAUUCUGACAACACACAUUUCUCUCUUUUCAAAGAGACUUGGAAAGAAGAAGCUAAGCAUUAUAUUUCGCUCACACUUUAUCUCGCCCUGCUUUUCUGGAACAUUAAAAGUGGUUCUGUGUCACAAUACCCUCAAGAACCCAUUUUGUCAUGAUUGCUAUAAUAUUACGAUUGCAAAAUACUGGAAAAGCAAUACAAUUCCAACAAAAGGCGAAUAGUUACUAAAAUUAAGCAAAUAUCUUGAAUUGGCGAAACUAACUGAAAUAGUAAGAAAUCAAUCAAGUGAAAAAAUCAGGGGAGAAUGGGAUGUCUUUAUAAAUUAUAUGAAGAAGGUAGGUUCCCCAAAUUACGAUUGGCUCAGUCUAGAUUAAAAACUCCACAGGUAAACAAAUUAUCUCUCCACAAAGUUUAAAAUGACAACCAAAAAAUAUGAGAUUAUGGGAACCAUGUAGUAGUUGAAGGAAGUAAAAAAGAAAUUCUCUUUUUCUCUUUUUCUCUUGAUAUUUUUUUUUCUUUUCCUACUUUUCUUUUUAUUAUUCAUUUUUUGGUACAUGUUAGUUAAGGUAAUUUGUAUUAUUUGUAUAACUGUAUUUCUUUUUGUUUGUAUGUAAUAUCAAUAUUGCAAAUAAAAAUUAAAAAUAAAUGUUUGCUAUAAUAUGCCAGAGGGCCCCAAACAAUAGUGUGAAUAACUGCUCAAGCAAGAUUCCUCAUGUUGCACUUCUUUGGGUGUAUUAUAUAGUACAGUGGAACCUCGUGGUAUGUCCCGUCCCCCUUGCGAACGCUGCGGGUUACGAGCUCCACUAACCCGGAAGUAGAUGCUCCCGGUUGCGACCUUUGCCCCGUGCAGAAGUCGCACGCCAGCAGCAGCGGGAGGCGCCAUUAGUGAAAGCGCACCUCGUGUUACGAGUGGUUUCAGGCUGAGAAUGGACCUCCAGAACGAAUUAAAGUCGUACCACUGUGGAGGUACCACUGUAGUACAUCUUCUACUCUUAGAUUUAAUGUCAUAGAAUUGGUAAGUGCUUUAUCACUAGGGGUUUUUGUUUGUUUCACAGAUGUAGAUGAAAUAUCGAUAAGAUGCCGUGGUAAGGUAGCACUGCUCCUAACGUGAUUUUUAUUACUAUAUAAAUCACUUUGGAGCUUCUAAUGGGAUGCAGUUCUCAAAAGCAUUAAACUAAGUAACUUGAGCUCUUAAUGGAGAGGCUUUUACAAAAAACAGUAACAAUGGAGUGGGCCUGUUAACUUAGAUGAACAUUGACCAGUCAAAGGAUUCUGUUCAGGGAAGUUUUAGUGUUUGAUGCUAUAUUGUGUUUUUACUAUUUUUUGUUGGGAGCCACCCAGAGUGGCUGCCCCACCCCAGGCAGAUGGGCAGCAGAUAAAUAUAUUAUUAUUAUUUAUACUCUUCACCUUCAGGUGCCUCCUUCUAGAACGUGAUGAGCUGAGACCAAAUUCACCAUUGACUGAGCGACUGUUGCAGAAGACCACAGCCCUUCAUGCUCUGGGAUAAACCUCGGAAAAGCCUUGUUGUUCAACAGAUUCGUCAUCAGCUUUACUAAUCAACAAUUUCCUAUUAUGGCAAGAAGCAAACCACAUUGAGGAGACACUAUGUUGCAUUUUUUCACUUCAGCUUUUGCACCACUUUCAUAAAGCGCAUCUGCAUAAAGCGCACUUUCAUAAAGCGCAUCUGCAUGUGCGCGGGUCGCGUUUUGCUGCUUCCGCACAUGCAUGUGACGUCAUUUUGACCGUCUGCGCAUGUGCGAGCGGCGAAACCCAGAAGCAACGUGCUCCGUUACUUCCGGGUUUCCGCAGAGCGCAACCCAAAAAUACUUAUCCUAAAGCGUAUUUAUUUAUGACUGUACUGCUGUUUCCGGAAUAGCAUGGGAUGAAGUUGUAUGGUAUAACUGGGAAAUUAAUGCACCAGUACUGUAAAAACUGCAUUGCCUUUGUGCCUUGGCAGCCUCAGAAACUAUUAUCAUGAUGCAAUUAAUAGUUUGGGGACUACAGGUUGAAUACACAAGUUUUGUAAUACACAUUUUUCCACAUGGUACCUCCAAAAGUGCCUCGGGUAUGCUUGUGAAUAUAUCUUGUGGACAACCUUGGAGUAUGGAAGUGUUUUCUUUCAUUUGGGGGGCGGGGGAUUAUGGCAAUAGUUGCUUUACGUUAUUUCCCUGCUCUCUUAUCAUUUGUAAACUGGAAAAUGUUAUCAUAUAGUUACAAUGUUCUCUUCUUAACUAAAUUGUGUGUAAAUCAACAAGAGCAACUGUGGAUCUGAUCUGAUAGAAUAACAUUUUUUUCAUUAAUGCCUGUAAUUUCCAACAAUAUUUUUAUGACUAGGAAUUGAUGCCAUGUAGUAAAAAUAGCCUUGUUUUUCGCAAAACAUUCAAUGCCCAGAAUUGUAGUGAGUGUUUGUUAAUCAUGCUUUGGCGGGGGCGGGGGAGCGGUACUGGAAUAAUUAUGCAAACUAUAAUUUUAUUAAUAAUUUUAUCUUCUGUUUAUGCAUAAAAAUUGUUUCCCAUUGACCACAAACAUCUCCAUGUUUCUGUUUGAAUAACAUUACCUGUGCCCGUCUUACCAUACGUUUUGGACAAUGAACAUUUUAUGUAAUUCAUUAAUGGAAUGGAAAUUUGUCACUAUAAUUGCUGCUUCCCAGGGUAGAAAUGAAACAGUUCUUUAACAAAAUUUAAUUUUUGGAUAUACAGUUCAGCAGAAGCUCUCAUUCAGAGUAACAGAUAAAAUUUUAUGAGCAUAUACAUAUGAUCUUCCAGUGGUUCUUUUUUUUUUUUGCGCCAGCUCCUCACACUUUAUGCGCUUCUUCCUACAUUAGGUUUGUGGUAUGAGAACUGCCGUGUGCUGCCUUCCUGUGACACAUGGAUAGCAUGAGAAUACUCAGAUGAUGUGGGAACAGCAUUUUACAAGCGCUCAUCUUAAGAGGCCCAGAAUUUCUUUUUUAUUAACACUUAACACCUUGCAAAAACUAAUCCUCUUUGGUCACUGAAAAAUAAUACAAUAGAAAAGCCAUGUUUUUUUAAAAAAGCAAGCAACUAGCAAACACAAUCUCAUAUGUAGUGAUAAAAUCACCAGCAUCUCUUUUGAAUGUGGUAAUAAGGACAAAGUACAGGUUAUAGAGGAAGAAAGGAAAGAGACAAGGCUGCUCUUACUGUCUACUCUUGACUGUAAAGA